CGCGAAGCGAGGAAGCGGCCGGAGCUGCACUCGCCGGGAGGGCAACGACGCCAGCGCCGCUCCUGCCCGCGCUCGGACCCCGAGGGUCGUCGCCGCCAUGGAUUACGGGGAAGAAAUGGAUCGUGACUAUGGACAUGGUGCCUAUGGUGGCCCAAGAGCUAUGGACUCUUAUAUGAACCAGUCAUAUGGAAUGGAAAGUCAUGGAGGUGGUGGAGGAGGUGGUAACAGGUUUGGACCUUAUGAGUCUUAUGACUCCGGGUCUUCUCUGGGUGGGCGAGAUCUGUACAGAUCUGGCUAUGGUUAUAAUGAGCCCGAACAAAGCCGCUUCGGAGGUAGUUAUGGUGGUCGAUUUGACAGCAACUACCGGAAUAGCCUUGACUCUUUCGGAGGUAGAAACCAGGGCGGGUCUAGCUGGGAAGCACCUUACUCACGCUCAAAGUUGAGGCCUGGGUUUAUGGAGGACAGAGGAAGAGAGAGUUACUCUUCCUACAGCAGUUUUUCUUCACCCCAUAUGAAGCCUGCACCUGUAGGCUCUCGGGGGAGAGGAACGCCUGCUUACCCUGACAGUGGAUUUGGAAGCAGAAACUAUGAUGCUUUUGGAGGACCAUCAACAGGCAGAGGCCGUGGCCGAGGAUACAUGGGAGACUUUGGAGGCAUGCAUAGACCUGGAAUUGUGGUAGACUAUCAUAACAAACCCAGCUCUGCAGCAGUAGCUGCACGAGGAAUAAAGAGAAAAAUGAUACAGCAGCCAUAUAAUAAACCAGGUGGGACAUUUAUCAAGAAACCCAAACUGACAAAACCUAAUGUGAAGAUGAACCAAAACAAACCUAGUGUCAAGCCAGAAGAGAAAAACGAAGAAGAAGAAAAACGUCGGAUUGAGGCAAGAAGAGAAAAGCAAAGGCGUAGGAGAGAAAAAAACAGUGAAAAGUAUGGUGAUGGUUACAGAAUGGCAUUUACCUGCUCAUUCUGUAAGUUUCGAACCUUUGAAGAAAAGGACAUUGAAGCUCAUCUGGAAAGUCCUGUGCACCAAGAAACUUUAGAUCAUAUUCAGAAACAAACCAAAUUUGAGAAAGUUGUGAUGGAGUUUCUGCAUGAAUGUAUGGUGAAUAAAUUCAAGAAGACAGCUAUGCGCAAACAGCAGACUGCUAGCCAAAUGGAAGCUGCCCUGAUGGUUGAAAAAGAUAUAAUGGAAGGUGUUACAGCUGAUGAUCAUAUGAUGAAAGUUGAGACUGUUCUGUGCUCUGCAUGUAGUGUGUAUGUUCCUGCACUACACAGUUCUGUUCAGCAGCACUUAAAAUCUCCUGAACAUACAAAGGGAAAGCAGACUUACAAAGAACAAAUUAAAAGAGAGAGUGUCCUGACUGCUACCAGCAUUCUGAAUAACCCUAUUGUAAAGGCACGGUAUGAGCGCUAUGUUAAGGGUGAAAAUCCAUUUGAAAUUACUGAUCAGAAUCCAGAGCAACAAGGAGAAGAUGACAAGGCUGAUGAGCCUGUAGAGGAGGAGGAAGAGGAGGCAGAAGCUGAGGAAGAGGAGGCUGAAGCCGAAGAACAGACUGAUUUCACUCUUGACCAGACAGAAGAUAAUUGAACUGAACACAAGUAGAGAAAAAUGCUCCAUUAUUUUUCUGAUAACGUGGCUGUGUAAAAGUUUCCAAU